AAAAAUAUACUGGUCGGAAAUGAUGUAAGGAUGGACAAAGAUGGUCUCACUGAUCUCUAUAUUCAACAUGCCAUUCCCCUGCCUCAGCGUGACUUACCAAAAAGUAGAUGGGGGAAAAUGAUGGAAAAGAAGAGGCAACAAAAUGAGUUAAAAAGUGAGAAUAAAAGUGUUACGACAGUGGAAGGUUUAAGGAAACGACCAUUAAUUGUAUUUGACGGCAAUUCCACAAGUACAAGCAUAAAGGUGAAGAAGACAGAGAAUGGAGCUGCUGAUCGCCUAAAACCUCCUCCAGCUGGAAGCACCACUAACACUGUUAGAAGAUUAUCAGGUUCUUCAAAUGCCUCAACAUACAUUUCAGCCUCCAGUUUCUCAGAGGACGCUAAGCUGGGAAUGAGGAAUAAUGAGGCUAAGCAAAACAAUGUUUCAAAGACUAACAGCAGUGUGUUGGCUAGUCUGAAGGUGUACCCUUUGUCUCCAGUAGCAGGAACUACUGUUGUGAAGUUAAAGAGAGCUGUUCCAAAAGAAGAAUCUGAUUUGCCGAAUGACCUAAAGCCUACAGAAGCAAAGAAGAAAAUCCAGCAUGUGACAUGGCCAUGAAGUAGCUAAUGGUGCCUGAAAUAUAAAUGUUACUUCCAUAUUUUCAAACAGAUAAGUCAUAUUUAAAGAGUUUAAGUACAAUUCUUUCUAAACCUUACAGGGAUUCAGAUUGCUGUGAAGUUUUAACAAGUUUAAAAGUUCCCUGCUGUAAAGCUGGAGUCAUUAUCACCAGUCACCUUAAGAGUGUCUACUUUUGUACACCAGAUAGUUCAUUACUUCUUUAAAAUGUGGUAAUAUUACGAUAUACUAAACCCCUCACUUUUAGUUUUCGAUAUUAUUAUAGUUCAUCUCCUGCAUGUCACUACGAUUCACAGAUAGAAACGUGUAUUUAUUUUUUGUUUUGGUAAGAUUCAGUUUUGUUCCACUUCUGGUUAAAUAGUUAAAAUAGCUAUUGAGAUUCAGAGUGAUCCCAAGAG